AGUGCCGGCUGAGGAAGUCUGCAAGGAGGGGGCGAGCAAGGAGAAGCCGGAGUCAGAGACACCUCCGCCGGCCCUCGCUGCGAGCGCCCGGACGACCGCGCGAUGACGGCCGGGAGCCCCGGAGACGGCGGCGCGCGCAGGAGCCCCGAGGGCCGCGUUUCGCGCCUGGGCCGCCGCUUGGGCCGGCGGAGGCGGCCGCGCUCCCCGCCAGAGCCGCUGCGGGUGCGGGCUCGGCUGCGGCUGCGUUCGCCGUCGGGGGCGUUCGCGGCGCUGGGCGCGCUCGUGGUGCUGGUGGGCAUGGGCAUCGCCGUGGCCGGCUACUGGCCCGGCCGCGCCUCCCACACCCACGCCCCGAGGACCGGCCGCGCGCACGGGCCGCACGAGCGCCUGCGGCUGCUGGGACCGGUAAUCAUGGGCGUCGGCCUGUUCGUGUUCAUCUGUGCCAACACAUUGCUCUACGAGAACCGCGACCUGGAGACCCGGCGUCUCCGCCGGGGCAUGCUGAGGGCUCAGGCGCUGCGGCCGCCCGACGGCCCAGGCUGGGACGCGCUGCUGCCCAGUCCCGCGCAUGGGUCCCCGGGCGCCGUCGCGGAACCCGAAACUUGGGACCUGGCCCCGAGGAGGGGCCCCUCGCCCGUCCCGUCGGUGCGCAGCCUGCGCUCUGAACCUGCCAACCCUCGAUCGGGGCUGCCUGCCCUGCUCCACAGCUACCCGUUGAAGGGCCCGGGGCUGCCACCACCCUGGGGUCCUCGGACUCAGACUGGACACGUGAUCAUCACGGUGCAGCCCUCUGGUUCCUGCAUCGAGCACUCCAAGUCUCUGGACCUGGGCCUAGGGGAGCUUCUUCUGGGGGCGCCAGCAACUCGGGACUGUGCCCACCGAAGCUGGCCACGGCUGGACCGACUCAGUUUGGGGGGCUAUGCCAAAUUAGGCGGAGAUUUGGGGGCCCGGGUCUGAGGUUCAAGGUAUAACCUGCUGUGAGGCUACCAGUGUGGACCAUGGGACUGGGACACCAGAAGUCCAGUGCCCAAUAGCUGCUCCAGUCACCUCCGAGGCUAGGAUGGAUAUUGUGGUGGCAGCAGCCGCCAAGGCUGCUGACCUGCAUGUGUAGCAGUGCCAGCUGCACCGAACGAGCUCCAGGGGCAUGUGUUAAUGUGGACACCAGCAUGAUUCAGCCUCAGGAAUUUCUUCAGCCCAUGUGGCCUUAGCCCAGGACCGGCACCUGAAGGGCUGCAGGGUAGGCCAAGAGCACCGUGAGAUGCACAGGGUUCCUUGGCAAACAACAGUGGUAGGUUGGGAUGUCCCAGGCUGGGACAGGCUCCGUCUAAGUUGGUAGUCCUGGUGGAAAUGGGACCACCGGGGGAAGGUGGGCGAUGAGGUGGAAUGAGACCCUCUGCAGCUGUCUGGGGCAGUGACCGCAACUCUAACUGCCACCACCUCAGGUCUGUUCUUCCUUCAGUCAAGUGGCUCUGUCCCGGCAGGGCUAACUACUGCCAAAGCCCUGACCCUGGGAUCGGACUGCUCCCCUGGAGACAGGUCGGUCUGACCUGUGUGCAAAGCCUCCCCCAGCUGGCAGAGGCACCCUCCAGUUCUCAGCACUUCCUUCCCACUGCACCCUAGCCCAGUGUGGGUAGCUCACUGCACUCGGCGGCGGCGGCAGCUUCCCUUCCCAGGUAUUAAAUUAAUUUUCCCAUGCUUUUGUUAGAAGAGAACUUUAAAAGUGGAUCAAUCCUCACAGUCAGGCUUUUUUUUUUUUUUUUAAAGUUUAUUGAAAAAUGCCAUACAAGAAGCAAGACCAAACACCUAAACACUACAGCCACAUCUGUCACUACGAAAGGCGCAGACAGCAGGCCCAGUUACUGCCUAUCUCACCUAGGGGGUUUUCGGUUGGACUCUGCCGGCAUAGUUCCUAUUUUGUCAAAUGUAAACAACUACUUGAUACGAUUCAUAAUUUUUAAAAAAUUUACAAAGCUCCUUCAUUUUUGUCAUGAAAAUAAUAUAUCUGAGAGAGAUUUGUAAAAACAACCAGCCUAGGGCUGAUAUUUCCCAUGAGCGAGCACUGGGGGUGCUGGCUAGGCCAUAGCUACAGCUCCAUUUCUCAGAAUGGGCCAGGGCCCUCAGACCCCAGAAUACAUCCCCGGAAUACAUUGCUGGCCUGGGGGGAAGGGCCCCCGGAGUCAGCCUCCUUGGGAAUAUAGGGCUUGAUUGUGGGUGGGUGGCAGAGAUCUCAUGUGGUUUGAAGGAAAUCUACUUCUGAAGUAAAAAUAAAACUGCAGUUGGGACUGUUA